ACUUUGCAAAAACUUGAAGACGUCAGAAAGGCGGGCAUUUCCCCUCUAUAUAUUCCUCAGAGCUGCAUCCCAUCCUGCUACUCAGUUCAACCUGGAAAGCACUGGCAGGCGUCCUUUUUUUGUUUUUGUUUUUUUGCGCUUAGCAGCAUGGAAGUGACCAAAGGAGAGGACGGGUCGGCGGAACAGGCAGCGUCUUUAUUUGGGACACGAGAGGUGGAGAGUCAGAGGAGCAUGAAUGAGAAUAAAAGGAGUACCCGCCGUAAAAUCAUUAUUGGGGUUCUGCUGCUGUGUUUACUGGUGGUUAUCCUGGCUGUGGUGAUUUUUCUGAGAAAGGAGAAAGGAUCAGGAGGGGAAGUCUGGAUGAAAGGGCCCUUUCAGGAAGUCAGUCAGCCACAGUGUCCUUCUGGAUUUUCAAAGCCUCCUCUCAUCCUGGUGUCUUUGGACGGUUUCCGGGCAGCGUAUCUGAAAGAACAUGCGAGUCACAUGCCUGUUAUCAGCAAGUUACGAAAUAAUGGAACUACAACACCAUACCUGAGGCCUGUUUAUCCCACAAAGACCUUUCCCAACCACUACACCAUUGUGACUGGUCUUUAUCCCGAGUCUCAUGGGAUUGUGGACAACAAGAUGUACGAUGUGAAACAAAAUGCUUUCUUCAGCUUGAAAACGGAUGAGAAAUUGAACCCCCAGUGGUAUCAAGGAGAACCAGUCUGGCUCACGGCCAUCUAUCAGAAGCUGAAAUCAGCAACUUUCUUCUGGCCAGGCUCUGAUGUAGCCAUCAAUGGCACCCUCCCAAGUUUUUACAAGAUGUAUGACAAGUCUGUUACAUUUGAGAAGAGAGUGUCAACACUGCUUGACUGGCUCAAUUUACCUGAGGGAGAAAGACCUGACUUCUACACUUUAUACCUGGAUGAACCUGAUUCAACAGGACAUUACUAUGGGCCAGAAAGUACGCAGAUCGUUCUGGCCUUGCAAAAGGUGGACAGGAUUCUGGGCAUGCUGAUGGAUGGCCUAAAAGCAAAAAACCUGCACAAUUGUGUCAACAUAAUAGUCGCAUCUGACCACGGCAUGGAGAGUGCUUCAUGUGAAAGGGCAUCAUAUGUGUCAGAUUUCCAGAAAGACACCUCUGGUUUCACUGUAAUCCAAGGCCCAGCUGCUCGCAUCAGACCAAGUCGCCUCCCACAGGAUUACUCUUCCUUUGACUAUGAGGGCCUGGUGAAGAACUUGUCGUGCAGGACCGUUGACCAGCCAAUGAGGCCGUACCUCAAAGAAAACCUUCCCAAAAGAAUGCACUUCGCUAAAAACAUCCGCAUAGAGAGGGGUCACCUCUACAUGAAGUCAGGCUGGCAAGCAGCACUUAAACGCAGCGAUAUCAAGUAUUGCACUGGCGGAUUCCACGGCUCUGAUAACCUCUUCACCAACAUGCAGGCAAUCUUCAUUGGCUACGGUCCAGCAUUUAAACACAGCACAGUUGUGCCAACUUUUGAGAACAUUGAAUUAUAUAACCUCAUGUGUGAUCUUCUUGGCAUUCGUCCUUCUCCAAACAACGGGACCCACGGUAGUCUGAACCACCUCCUGAAGCACCCCGUCCAUAAUCCAGUUCUCCCAGCACAGCUCUCCCACGACAUCCUCUGUAACUCUAAUGUGCUCUUCCCCUCUGACAACCUGCAGUGCACUUGUGAAUCCCAAACCACAGAAAUGGUGGAACAAAUGAACAGAAAUCUCUUGGCAUUGAGCUCAAGUGAGAAAUCCAGCUUGCGUCGCCUCCACGAACCUUUUGGCAUCCCUCGAGUCAUCCAAUCAGGUGCCACAUUUUGUCUGCUGCACCACUUAAACUACCUCAGCGGAUACAGCAAAGACCGGCUCAUGCCCCUCUGGGUAUCCUAUACCAUUCAGCCUCUGACCAGAGUGCAACCUCUGAGCCCAGAGUUGGAGGCGUGUGUCCGUGCUGACGUACGCAUCCCAGCAAACAACAGCCAGCAGUGUCUGCGCUACAAAGACAACUCUGAUCUUGCCUAUGGCCUGCUGCAUCCCCCCAAUCUGAGUGCCAAUGUUUCAGACUCUCUAAUCACGAGCAACAUGGCACCGAUGUUCCCUGCAUUUAAAGCCGUUUGGACGCAUUUCCAUGACGUCUUCCUCCCAAAAUAUUCACAGCAGCUGAACGGAGUCAACGUCAUGAGCGGGCCAAUAUUCGAUAAAGACUAUGAUGGACACGUCGAUGAAUUAAAAAAGAUAUCAGGGAACGAGGCUCCCAUCCCGACACAUUUCUUUGUGAUCCUGACCAGCUGCGGGGAUUCGACCUUUGGCCCUCUGAACUGUGCAGGUCCACUCCAGGCCAGGUCCUUCAUCAUGCCCCACAGGCCCGACCACACAGAGAGCUGCGCUAAUGGGACAGACUUGACGUGGGUGGAAGACUGGCUGAAGCUCCACACCGCUCGAGUGCGAGACAUCGAGCUCCUUACCGGACUCAGCUUCUACCACGACAGGUUAUCAGUGGAAGAGACACUGCGGAUGAAGACAUUUCUACACACUUAUUAAACUCACAGACUUUAUCGAGUGAAGCUUUAACUGGCAGAGGAAGCCAUAUUGGUGUGCAGAUGUCUGCCCACAUGGACAAACAGUUAACCCAAUAACUGUGGGUUUAACAGAUGCUUUACUUAUAGACUUCCCUCAUUUCAGACUGAACUCAUUCUUAAGCUCCAUCCAUUAUUUGAAGUGACAUUUUUAAAAUAAAUUUUUAUUGAUUUUGAUUGUGUACAAAAAAAAAAAAAGUAAAUAAUGAAUGGAGCUUAAAGACACCAUCCCAUCUAAUAAAAUGAUUCCAAAGUAUUUCCGGGUUCCCAUUUCCAGAUUGGAAAACUGGAAUAAAACUAAAGGGAAAAGAGAGUUUUUAUUGAUGGAAGAACUGUUUAUGUUGAGUGAAGCUUGCCACACAUCAGGGGAGCUGUCUGCAGCAGCUGGAAAAACAUCUAGCAUGAAUAUGUUUUGCCCUUCUUUUUUGUAUGUGUUUCUUUUCUUUUUACACCCAUUGGUAUUUUUUGUAAAAUGAAUGAAUUAUUCAGCUUUUAAAUGUGCGCCUAUGCUGUAUGCUUGGAAGGAUUACUGUAUGAGACACGUUUGAGCCAGUCUGGGCUCAGACACGUAAAAGCCUUUUCUUUCUCCAACACAGAGAGACAUAAAGCAACUGCAAAGAACACUGAAAGCAAAGUUUACAUUUAGCAAGGAUCCCUGGUGUUUUAUACUAAAAUAGCUGCUAAAUAUAUCAUAGGUCAUGUGAACUGUGUAGUGUGCGGUCUUGUGGUUAACACAUUCGCAUAGUCACAAGCUAGCACCGGUCCCAAGCCCAGAUAAAGGGUAUCCAGCAUAAAAUCUUUGCCAAAUUCAACACGGUGAUCCAUCCACCCUGGCGAGGCUUUUAUAAGAGAGCAGCCUGAUGUACCUUCUUCUAGAAGCAGCAGAUGUGAAGCUGUAAUAACUGUUGAUCACGUGAGGCAGCUGUAACCCUGAACAAUCAAGACUUCAGAAAAUUGAUCUCCUAAAAAAGUCCUUGAAGAUCAUGAGCGUAACUUACACCUCACGGGGGUAAAGCAAGUCUGGUGAAAGCUGUAAUGUUUAAGGAUCAUUCGAGUAAACUGCUUUUUAUUAUUAUUCUGAUGCUCGGUGUUGGUGGUAAACAGAAAUUACUGAUGUUUUUUCUUCUUCACAGAUAAGAAAAAUUCAGAUCUGGAGAAUUAUUUAAGAUUUUGUUUCUAUUCUGUCUUUUUUCGGACUCUUUCUGGUUGUUUUGUGUCUUUCGUUCCAUUUUGUAACCUCAUUGGAGUGAUUUUACAUCUCUGUUGUCAUUUUGUUCCUCCGCGGCCAUUUGGUGACUUUUUCCUGGGAAGAUGAAUUUUCAGGCAGCCGCUAAACUUCAGCGUUUAGUUGGAGAUGAAGAGAAGCUGUUUGAGCUCAGCUCAUUAAUCCGUCCGUGACUGUGUGCAUCUGAAUGUGUGGAUCAGCAAAAUCAUUAUUCAGUCUUUGAUUUUUCAUCUUCGCGUACUGCUCGUAUAUGAAGUCAUAUAGAUUUCAUGUAUACCAAGCCUUUUCUAUUGGUUGCUGCAGUUUUUCACACAUGAAAAAUUUCAUAUAAAAAACAAACUUCCACAUUGA